AUGUCCAGCAGUCCAGCAAAAACCGAGUCGCUGCCGCGCAUCGCCUUCGACGCGCCGGCAUGUGUGGACGGCAUGCAUGAGCGGCGCGCGCGCCUGCCGAAGCGCGCCUACCUCCUACCGCGCCUGCUCUCCCGGGACCAGGCGACGCUCGUGCGACGGUUAGCAGAAAGCGACCCGACCGCGCAGUUCGCGCGCGACCCGGACACCGUCGACCGCCUGCCGACGUUCGAGUGUGCCGUGUUCGACGGCGGCCAGCCCGUCGCGACGUCCGUCUGCCGCGUGCUCGAGCCGGUCGUGACGGAAAGACUGCUGCCGUACCUGCGGAAGCGCUUCGACUGCUCCAGUCUGGAGCUCUCGCAAGCACUGAUACGGCGUUAUCUGCCGACGGAACGACGGGAGCACCCCGCGCACUUCGACGCGCACGCCACUGCCACCGUCGUCGUCUCGCUCUGCGCCCCGGACGACUACGUCGGCGGCUAUUACGCGCAACCCACCUCCGACGCGGCCUCGGCGCGCUACGCGUCACUGGACGUGGGAGACGCGUUCUGCCACGGCCACGACCUGCGCCACGGCGUCCGCGUGUUCAGCGGGGCGCGCUACUCUCUGGUAUUGUGGUUCACGCCGCGUGCGCACCGUUUUCGACGUAGACGAACGUCGACGAUCCCGCCGUGGCACAAGGAGGCGGCGGACCGCGGCGAGGCCGACGCGCUCUACAACGUGGCCAGCCGGGACGCCAGCGAGGCGGCACGCACGGCGGAGGCGGCCCGCGCGGAACGAGGCCGCGGUGGCUUCGCGGCGGCCGAGGCCCUCGAGCUGAAGGCCGCGGAGCUCGCGCAACGCGCCGCCGACGGCCACGAGCGCGCAGCCACGGCUGGCUCGGCCGACGCUAUGCUAAACGUGGGCGUGUUAAGGUACAACUCCGGCGACCUCGCGGGUGCCGCGGCGUGCUGGCGCGAGGCGGCUCAAAGAGGCAAGGGCAACGCCUGCCGCUACUACGCGCGGUGUCUGAUGAGAGGCGAGGGCGUCCGCGAGGAUCGGGCCGCCGCGACGCGCUGGCUCAAGAAAGGUGCUUCCGCGGGCGACGCGUCGAGUGCGUACUCUCUGUACCUCGCCGGCGAAUCAGACAGAUACCUCGCCAUGGCCGCGGCGUCGGGCCACGCGGCCGCGUGCGUGGACCUGGCGAAGACGGCGUCGUCCUCGCGCGAGGCGCUGAAGCUUCUGCGGCGCGCCGUGGCGAACGGUGGCGCGGCGGUGGCGUACUGCGCCCUCGGGCGCUUGUUCCUGGGCGCGCCGGGGCUCGUGCCGGACCCCUCGGCCGCGGCCGGCUUCUUCGCGCGAAGCGGAAACGCCGAGGCGCAAGCCUGCCUGGCGGCGCUCUACGGGCCCGUCCCGCGUAUUUUGAGGGACCCGACGGCCCCGCCGUCGCGCGAAGGGAGGAUGUUGUUGCUCUGGUAA